UUGCGUUAAACUGGUGCCUGAAGCUCCUCUCCGGGAUCUCAUCUCGGCGCCCUGCACCGCCCUGCGGCGGCCCCGCAUGCACCGAGCGAAGUGAGUGCUGCAUCGGCGGGCAAGAAGAGAGAGGGGGGGGCGAAGCGGAACGUGGCGUAGACGCCGGCUAUCGAAGUGAGCGCGUGUCCGCAGGGUGGCCAGCACAGUGAGACCGCGUGAUGUCAUAAUCCGCAGACAAAACCGGCCCAACUUUAGAUCCCACGCCACAACCCCACCGCCACCACCACGACCACCACCGCCAACAUGCCGAUCACGCGGCGCCUGGGCCCCCGCAAGUCCCCGCAUCAGGGCUCGGCUCACCCGACCGGGGGGUCUCGCUGCACCAGCAGUAGCAGCAGCAGCAUUAUCAGCAGCGGCGGAAGCAGCCGCACCAGCCCGUCGACACCGACGGAAGCCGUCAGCCACAACGGCUCUGCGCCGCCGACGAUGCCGCCGACGACCCUAGCGGAGCAGCGGUCCCCGGCGCCGCGCGACCCGCCGACGGCCGGCGGCGGCGAGCGCCUGUCGCUGUGGUUCCGCCUGUACCUGUACGCGAUCCACGGCAUCGCGCUCGACGUGCUGCUGUCGGCGGCGCUGUCCUUCCGCCGCACGGGCGACUGGCGCCUCUUCGGCUUCUCGUCGCCGUACUUUGCGCUGUCGCACGCGCUCGUCGCGCUGGCGCUCGAGAAGGCGUACGUGCUGCAGAAGCGCCUCUUCCCGGCGAGCCCCAUCUGGUGCAAGCUGGUGCUCCUCUCGCUCGUGUUCGUCGCGAGCCGCCUGUCGACGCGCACCGCGCUGCUGGGCCGCGUCGCGCAAGACGGCGAGCGAGCCGCCGCCUCGUCCGUGCCCUUCAACCUCCUCGUCGCCCUCUACUACACCUUCGUCUUCCUCGACGACUUCCUGCGGCUGCGCUACGCCCGCGACGUCGCCCUGCCCGCGUCGCUCCAGCGCAGCGCGCGCCUCUCCAUCCCGCCCGCCUUCCACCUCCUCUUCUUCGGCGUGCAAGGCCUGGUGGACGAGGUGUUCUUCACGGCGUUCUUCAACCUCUUCGAGAAGUCCGACUGGACGCUGCACGGGCACACGUCGCUCUGGUCGUUCGCCAUGUACGGCAGCUGCAGCUUCGUGGUGGAGCGCCUGUACCUGCACCUGGCGGGCCGGCGCGGCUGGGGCACGCUCAGGCGGCUGCCCGUCUACAUCGCGUGCAUCUACACGUGGGAGUUCACCUGGGGGCUGGCGCUGCGCCAGAUCGGCGCCUGCUCCUGGGAUUACUCGCACUACCCGCUCAACUUCAUGGGCCUCAUCACGCUCAUGUACCUGCCCGGCUGGGUGCUGCUCAGCCUCUACCAGGACGUGCUGUCCAAUGUGCUCCUGAGGUUGCGGUACGCCGAGCAAAACUCGGUGUGCUAAGUGGGGGAGUGUAAAUUUUAUUUAAUAAAAUAUAUAUUAAAUGUUUAGGGACGAUGUAAACGAUUUCUACAUUUUCAGGCUGGGGGGGGGGGGGAGGGUACGGAGCACGCAAUUGAUUUUAGUUUUUAUCGCGUAGGUUGCAGCAGCGUCGACGCAUUGUGAAACUGAAAAUAUCGCGCAGUGCUCGACAAGCGGUGUGCCACGACACACGAGGAAGAAAUCGAAAUUGUAGGAAAGAACCUCAAGAAACCAUCACCACCCCCCCACCCCAACUCACGCCGUAGCCCUCGGCAACGGCGCAGCGUAACUCGGUGUGACGCGCAAUGAAAAAGCGUUUGAGAAGCACUGAAAAUAUCGCGCGCGCCUUGCCAACCCCAGCGCUUGACCAUAAUUGUUCAUGGGUUCUGCGAGCCAUACAAAUGUGCCGGGCUGGGAGACCAACUCGUGUCUGUCAGGUCCGGGGUGAGCCUCUGUGUGUGGCUGGCAUCUCCAGCUGCCGUGCGAAGAAUGGUGCCCAUCGUUGAUUUGGGUCUUUUUGUUUUUUUCAGAAAAAUCUCACAACCCAUCGCCGCUAAUUUCGUAAAGCCCUUUGUCAAUCCGCUGCUGGACAAAGGCCUCCCACCCAUGCCAUGCAGUUAAGAAGUCCAUACUUUAAAACUGGGCUGGCAGCCUGCAGCAGUAGUCUGCCGGCUGAGUUUUUAAACCUUUCUAUCCUGGAACACAUUUUGAAAGCAAAGGUUGUAUCCAAAGGGUAAGCUCGUUACCCCUUCCAUAUGGUAACCACUUCCCACCCCCCCCAACGCCCCCACCUUCCCUCCAACGCCCCCACCUUCCCUCCUUCACCGAAAAUAGUCGCCAACUCUGUAAAAAUCCCUGCAGUGAGCUCUGUAAAUAAUGAGGCAUACGACCCUCAAAGCCGAGCAGUGUGUGUUUGUUGUUGGAGUGGACCAUGCGCUGGGAAAUGUGAAAAAAACACAGCAAAAGAACAUCAAACUGCAUGGGAAACACGCGAGGUAGCGUUCGCUCCGAAGCUCGGGGUGCGGUUAAAGGAUUCUAUGAACAAUUAUUUUUUAUUUUACCAGGUAAGGCCCCACUUGGGCCACAUAGCUCUUUUUCAGAAGCGACGUGGCCACAAAUGACAGCUCAACGAAGUGGCUUAUCACGUGCACAUUUACAGCAGCCAAACACACUGUGAACGCAGGUAAAAUCUAGAUGCGGAGGGAAAUAUAAAGGACCCAGAGAAAAAUACACACCGCCGCGGGGAGAGAGACACCGCAAACUCAAAAUAUACAGCAGCAGGUGUCAGGGUCGAGAUUGAACCCACGACCUCCAGUAUAUCAGGCGAGGGAGUUAACAUCUCGCCAACGAGGACUCAGAAGAAGUGUUGGAACCUGGAUAUGACAACACCAAUGGACGGAUGAGUUCCGGAGGACACUCCUUCACGUUGUGGUGACUCGCUCUGCAGCCAUUGCGUGAAUAACUUCCUCAACUGUGACAUUCAAAUCCUGAAAGGGUACUGGUAUUGCGAAAUGAAAUAAAACGAGGGAAUAAUCCUCCGACACGUGUCACCACAUCAACUGUAAUUGUUCAUGCGAUGAGUUCUACGAGCCAUACAAAUAUCCGGACCGGGAUACCAACUCGUGUUUGUGAGGUCGGGUGAGCCUCUGUGUGUGGCUGGCAUUUGCAGCUGUUGUGAUAAGAAUAUGCUGACUGAUCGUGUUUUCAUUUUUUUAUUCUAAAAUAUCACAACCCCACUAUUUUUGAAUAGCCCUUUGUCAAUCCACUGCUGGACAAAGGCCUCCCACCCAUGCCUUGGAGUUGAGAAGUCAUGAGGGUCGUUUGACCAUACUUCACCAACCUAGUUUGUUGUUGUUAAUUGGGGGGGGUGGACCCACAAGUUCAAAUAUCACUCGCAACUGAUGUUAUUUGUGGCCCAGCAUUGAUCUUCAGUCAGCGGAUUCGUAGCACACUCGCGCUCAAACUGUGACAUCGCUGCAUUCCCAUCGCCACUCCACAGUACAGGAUGUCUUGUGACCCCCCCCCCCCCCCCAUUUAAUUCUGCGAAACUUAAUAUUUUUUAAAGUAAGGUUUAUUUUAAUACAGUAAUAAAUACGCAAAGGCAACACAUUUUUAAGGGGUCGAUUAAUUGGAGGAGGGGUCACAAGACAUCUGGGCCACCUGUACAACGAGCUUUAUCCCCACGCGAACGUUGAACGUUGCACGAACGUUGCGCCAACACUGGCACGUGUUUACUGGGUAGUCACGGCCCGCUGUCCGCCUGCUCUGAAGCAAGACACUUUGUCCACAAAAAACCCAUCGCACCCACCCAGUUACUUUAACACUUACCCGGCAUCGUUUGUCAAUGACGACGGUGGAAAUGCGAGUUUUCGUACGGCUGCAAAUUGCAGUCACUGAUCCUGAAACUCGAUGAAGCAGUCGAAGGGAAACAGCGAUGAAUCCUCUCCCGGGCCACGCUCCCACCCCUAACGUCAUCACUAGGCUUCGGCAAGGUAAUGUAAUUGUACCCUUUUUACCGGGUAAAACGGUAAAGGUAAAGGUGUCGACAUGCCAAGGGAUAAGGGUAAAGGGUAGGGUAAAAGGUAGGCUCGUUGCUUUUUACCGUUUACCUUAUCUGCCAAAGGGUAAAAGGUAGGGUAGAGUGAUUGUAUUGUGGUAAGGUAAAAGGUAGGGUAAAGGUAGGCUCGUUGCUUUUACACUUUUACCUUACCUUGCCGAGGCCUAGUCAUCACGCACUGCGCGAUUGUGCAUCUGCCGUGAGAGCGUGCCGAUUUUAUACGUGUCGGUUAUACAUAUGUACAUUUUGUUGUUACUUGUUUACAAUUUAACGUUGGCAUUUCUAGCUUCAGAUCAGUCACGUGAAUUGUUUAUGGUCAGGGAUUCAUUUCUCAUGGAAUAUUUUCAGAGAGCACCCAAUCCCCCACCCCCCCCGCCCUCCCCCCUCAUCCUCCCCCCUCGUCCUCCCUCUAACAAUGGUGGGGUGUGGGGGGGGAGAAAUAUUUUCUGGGGCUCAGCCCUGGACAGCUCCGGCUGAUUUCGAGCUCUGUUCCAGUCCAGCUUUCCAUGAUUACCAAACCAUCAGUUGCAAUGCCGCGUGCAGUGGCUUCAGUAGCAUUCGGUUGAGAUUGGUGGUCACGAAAACGUAGACCGUUUGGAGGGACUGCAAGGACUGGGGUUGAGAAACGCCGGGCUCCAGGUCGAGAAUGACUUGUAGCGUAUAGUCGGGGUUUUUAAAAAUGUAAUUCCUCACAACCCAUGGGAGUAAUUAUUUUCGAGUUCAUUAAAAUUUUCAAUUGAGUCGUUACACAUCACGCAUGCCUGAUGAGUGAUAGACAUGCCCCAGAUGUGACGUACUGAAUGCCGAGUAACUGAAUUCGUGCUCAUUAGCGUAUUUACAAAAGACAAAGAUUCCCCCGUAUAGACUGAACAGACUCUUGUUUACACACCGCACCAGGUGCUCAUUUGAAGCUGAGUCGACCUCGUGGGAGGCCCAGGACCAAUUCAGAUAAUCGUUACUGGUGUUGGCUGUGAGCAGGAAUCGAACUCAUGUCACUGGGUUCGCGGCGCAGCGCGCUAACCGCUACAACCAGGCAAACGCUGGGCCGGUUUUGGUUCUCACAGCCUCAUCAAUAGUGUCAGACCUGUUAAACAAAUGCCAUCAAUGGUAUUGGCAAGAGCACUCCACCUUAACAAUGGAGCCCAUUCAGUGCAAGAGUGAACUUGCGUGGGAAAUAGUUUCACGUGUAGGGGUAUAUUAUACUCGCUGUUGAUAUUACUCAGAUGUUCCAAAGUGAAUAAUUAGUACUGUGUAGACGUAAACGCAUGCGUAAACAAUAUCUCUAAUUGCUGUAUAAUUUCAUUUCACCACCUGCAAUCAUGUCUCACCUGCACAGCACCCACGUGACUCUCAUCACACGCGCAGUGCAUUUGCUGCACGUGGAACGAUGUAUCCGAUAGAGAAUCGUGGCAUGCAGUAACCGGUGUUUUCAUUGCGUAAACGUUCUAUGUAAUUGGUUGGUGCAGCGCACGAAGCGGCUGCGUGCUCAGAAGCACUCCCCCACCGCCUUCGUCUCUCCAGUCGCUGUCUGUGUGUUGCACGCUUCAAACACAAACAUCCCCCAGUGUCGCCUCACGACUGCCGUGGAGCCAAGUGCUGUGUUAGCGAGCACCUACGAAGGCCGGAACGACGACGCACGAGGGGUGUGGGUGGCCAGCCACCACACCCGGCCGACUUUGUCUCCCCAGUGGCAAUGUUUUUUUUAAAUCCUUUAUAUUAAGUUCACUUGCUUGCUUGCUUGCGCGCUUACGACCGUGCAAAUCUUUCGGUCGUUUUUUUUAACCCACUUCCCGUCAUCCAAUCGAGCUGACAUUUUGCACACAGACUCGUUGUGCGUGACAAUUUAUUUUCGUGAAAAAAAAAUGUUUUAGGGGAAAAAAUUUUUUUAGGAAUUUUUUUUUUUCAUAUUUAAUUUAAAAUACCAAUGUGAUAAAAAUGAAACUCUUACUCAAGAAAAACAGAAAUGCAUAAUAAAAUAAAACCGAUGCCACGCGUAUAUAUAGUGAAAAACUUUGUUUUUACGGGUUAAUUUUUUACACAUCGCACUAGCUAAUCAAUUGAGGCUGAGUCGACCUAGGGGGAGACCCAGGGACCGGUUCACUACUGAAGGUGAACGCGCUAACCGCGACAAUACCGCUCACCCCCCCCCCUCCCCACGGCAUGUUUCACACACAUGCACACCGCGCACAUCCGGUCGGCUGAACAAUCCCAUGCACCCAUCAUCACAAUACUGACGCGGCGCGUUGCACACGCGGCAGUACAAUGCAAACCCCCUCGAGGGCUGCUUUGUGAUGUUUAUAACGCACCGGCCCCUCGUGAAACGGCCAAAAGCCCCGCGCCGCAAUGUUUGGCUCCCGUUAUUUUCCAACUGCGACGUGCAAUGCUGCGAGAAAAGAUAAGAAAGAAACGCAGCCAAGCAGCCGAUCUGUUCGGUGAGUAAUGAGGGUAACAAUACAGUCGGAUCUUCUUGGUUCUUUCGGUAA